AUGGCUUCAGCUACCAAUGUUUCUGCACAAAUUAGCAGUAUUCCUAUGCUGAAUGGUUCAAACUUUAAAGUUUUGAAGGAUACCGUAGAAAUUGUCCUUGGUUGUAUGGAUCUAGAUAUAGUUCUUCGAAAGGAGAAACCCACUUCCAUUCCAGAAAAUCUCAAUGAGCACUCAAAUCCUGAGACAUUUCGGGGCUCAAUUACUGGGGAAAAAGAUGCCAAACAAUUCUUGAAAGACGUUGAAAAUUUCUUUGCUAAGAAUGAAAAGGCAGAGGCAAGUAGCCUUUUGAGCAAGCUUGUCUCCAUGAGGUAUAAAGAUAAAGGGAACAUAAGGGAGUACAUUAUAGAAAGUCUCAUCUUGCCUUCAAAAUUGAAAGCACUAAAGUUAAAGUUGUCUGAAAACUUACUCGUGUAUUUCAUUUUGAUCUCCCUUCCUACACACUUUGGGCAAUUCAAAGUGAGUUAUAACACUCUGAAGGAAACAAGGUCCUUAAAUGAGCUUAUAUCUCACUGUGUGCAAAAAGAAGAGAGGAUACAACAAGAUAAGACUGAAUGUGUUCAUAUGGCUUCAUCUUCUCAAUAUAAAAGAAAGCGUGAUACUACUACGGAUGUGCCUUCUAAGCAGAAAAAGGCUAAGAAACAGGAUCAAGUUGCCUGUGGAGCCGACUGCCAAGUGAUGCUGAAAGAUACAUCUAUGUGGCAGACGGCAAUAUAG